GGUAGUAUGGGGGAAGGAAAGGGCAAAGAGAUUGGGCGAGUGGGACAUGAUCCAGCAGAGGAAAGAGGAGGUUUAGGCAGAGAGGUUCAAGGUCAAGGGUCUGACAGUUUACGACCAAAUAUCCAAGGAAUGGUUUCAGCGCCCGCUGCCAAGGAGAUCUGCGCAGCCAAUGAAGGAACUGACACACCCGUUCUGCAACUCGGAACCUGUGGCCAGCAGACCUCUGGACCUAUGCAAGUACGCAGCAUUCUACUACCAAGACAUUCUUACUUCUAGAAGACCAGAGGAAGGAGCAGACACGAACCUAGCGACCAACAGCUCCCACUGGCAAAACUUGAAGGCAAGACUGCCUCAGCAUGGUCGGCUAGACCUGGACAAACCUAUCACAGAAGAGGAAGUGAGGACCACCCUCAGCACCAUGGCUAAAGGGAAGGUUCCAGGUGACGAUGGCCUGCCUGUGGAGUUCUACUCCAUCUUUUGGCAGUCAAUAGGGAAGGACUUGGUACGAAUCUACAACGAAGUCCUUAUUGGUGGGAAACUCCCAAAGAACGCUUGCAACGGUAUCAUCUCAGUACUUUAUAAGAAGGGAGACAAGAGCGAAAUUCGAAACUGGCGUCCAAUUUCACUCUUGAAUGUGGCCUACAAGAUUCUUGCCAAAAUCCUGGCGCGCAGAGUGGCUCAGUAUCUGUCGGACGUGAUCCUGGACGACCAGGCAGCAUUUGUCAAGGGCCGAUCGAUCUUCAUCAACAUUAUCACUGCAAUUGAGGCCAUGGAGAUGGUACAAGAGGACAAUCUGGACUAUGCCAUCCUGCUUGGGCAGAGCAUUGGUGAUAAACACCGCACUGUUGGCUUUAUUAUGGUACGUGCGGAAGAUCAGGCCGUUGGGAAGCAAGACGAAAAUGGUGGUGAAGAGAAGAGCGUCGAGGUUCAUCUGGAAACCUUUUGGAUCAGAGUCAGAGGGCCAUCUGGUUAAAGUGGCGUGGAACACCAUCUGCCAUAGUCAACAAGAAGGGGGCUUGGGGUUGAAGGACCCAGGCAAACAGAACACG